AUGAAGAUAAAGCUGGAGAUAGAAAAUCGUUUAGACUUGGAUGAGUACGAAUUGUUAUUGAACGAAAAGAAUCAACCAGAAAAUAAAAUAAAAAGAAUGAAAACACACAAAGCUGAACUCUGGUUAAAGAAAUGUUGUCUUCCAUUUAUUUUCAUGAUGAAAUACAUUGAGAGUAAAAAACAGCUUCAUGGCUACAUCUUAAGAAAAGCUUUUAAAUCAGAGCUCAUUUGUAAAGAUAACACCGCGGAAAAUGUUUCAUGA